AUAAUUCUUCAUUUUCUGGCUGUUCGCACGCAAUAGCUGUUAGCACACAAUAGCUCCCUAAGACACUGGAAUAACUAGUUUCUCAGAAAAAUCACUUAGCUUGAAAUACCUACAAAAACUUUCAUUGCCAAUCCACAGGGUAAAGCCGGAUAAAAUCAGACAGAAAAGCCUUCAUUCAGUGCCAAUCCAAAAAGGAUAGCCGGAUAAAAUCAGAAAAGCCUUUUUUACAAUCCACAAAGUACAGCCGGCUAAAGUUAGAAAAGCCUUCAUUACCACUCCAUAAAGUAGAGCCGGAUAAAAUCAGAAGUCAUUUUCGGUGAGAUCAGUUGCUCAGGCGUUUGGUGUCGUCUUGGUGCUAAAAGAGUGAACUUUAGAGUCGCACCACACUAAGCUUGAAACCUGGAAAACGUCUCCAUAACCAAUCCACAAAAGAGAGCCGGAUAAAAACAGGAAUCAAUCCAUGGCAAUCUCGGGACCAGCUGUAUCGAAGAGCGCAAAGAGUUGGGAAGAGUUUAAGAAAAUUAACAGCGAAUUGGAAAACUAUUUUGAGAGGCUAACGAGAGCAACCGUGAAAGCUGUUGAAAAGAUCUAUGAAGACUACUGCGAGAGAUACAGCGAGUACCUUCCUAAUGGAUCGAUGACAACUCAGCAAGUGCAGGCUGAGUUUAAGGAAAUGGUGGAUGGAUUGAAAGGAGAACUUGAAAAGGCAAUGUCUAAAAACGUAAACAUUGCCUUUGUGGGACGCACAAGUGGUGGCAAGUCUUCCUUGAUAAACGCCUUGCUUCGAGUCAAACGUCUUCCUGUCGAUACUCUUACAGCCACGAUGUGCACCUUUAAAGUCCGCCCUACGCCUGCUAAAGAAUGGAGUGUAAUUGAAAUGAACAGAGGAGAGGAUCUCCUUAACAAAGGGAACCAAGAGGAGGUAGACAAACUUUUAAGUCUUUUUACUGACGAUGACUAUAUUGAAAAAAGGAAGGAGCUCAACAUCACCUUUGAAAGUGUCAUACAAGUGAAUUGGCCUCGCAACCUCUGCAAUCUACCCGAAAAUAUCAUCCUCAUAGAUACACCUGGUAUAGAAGAGAGUGAUGAUUGCGACCAAGUCGUCAUUGAUCUCUGCAAAAAGGCAGAUAUAAUUGUAGCUGUGAUGGAUUUGACGUCACCUUCUUUGAAGAUUACAGGUAUGGUAAACCAGAUGAAAAAUCAGCUCACUCUUGGAGUCUUUACCAAAUGGGAUAUAGCCCUUGAAGAAAAAGUCGAAAAGAGGCGGCAAAAUGUACGGAAUAACUACGAAACGAAAUUUGUGGAUAAGAUGGAACGUAAAAGCAAGGUUUAUUUCGUUGACGGGAAGCAUAUCAUAGACAAAGGAGUACAGGAGACGGUCACGGAAAGGGAAGGAACGGAGGAUUUUCUAAGGUUCGAAAGAGAAUUAGCAGAGAGUGCAAAAACCGUCAAAGCGCAAAAAGGUGUUGCUUUCAUAGAGGAAGCCGAACAGUUCGCUUCAAAAUUCACGAGGUACUUGGAAACUUUUGGAGGCAUGAUCGACAAAACGAAAAGCCACCUUUUCGUGCACCAUCAGAGUCCUAUUCAAGAAAAAAUCAGCACAUUGACGAGUGAACGCAAUUCACUUCAUACUUUGCGUGAAGAAGUACAGAGGCUCGAUGUUCUGAUUAACUCUUAUAUCUCCGAUGGGAAGAUUGAUCAGUUGAUAAAGGAGAUUUGCAACACCAUUGAGGGUUGUAGCUCUGGACCCGAGGAGGACGAAGCUUUCUUUGCAUUUCUUGAGAACGUGAGUCUUGGAAUUGAUCAAUUCCUCAACGAUGAAAGUGAAAGAGUAAACGAAAAGUACAGGAAGUGGAGAGAUGGUGUCAGCUCCAAACAUUUAAGAAAGUCAUUGUCAUCCUAUGCAACUGGACGUCUUCCGCGCACUGGAAAUUACGGCUACAAUGAAAAUUUUGAUCCUUAUUCCUACGUAACGAACAACACAUUCUGGGCGGCCGUAGCCGUUUGUGGAACUGCUUUAGCGAGUACAGCAUUGGUACCAACAGUAGGUGUGGGUGCUGCGACUGCAGUGGCGGUGGAGGGAACAGAAUUAGCUGCCUUAGGAAAAGCAGUUGGUGCAGCAGUUGGUGCAGCAGUUGGUGCAGCAGUUGGAUUUAGAGCCACAAUGACUUUCACAAAAGUUAUGGAAUUUGCUGGAGGAAUUUGUCCCGGGACCGUAGUAAGACGUAUGUUUGGGGCGAGUUCAGACAAGAAAAGAAAAAUCAAAGAGUAUAUUAGGAAAGUUCUAAUUACAUUCAGAGAAAAAUGUGCCGGAGACAAAGGAUCACCACGAAGAGAAAUAGAUGAAAUCUCCGAAACUAUUUCGGAAGAGAUAAAAAUGGAAGAGAUCAAGUUAUCUAAAAUUGCAACUGAGAAAUUAAAUCCACUAAAAGAAUGGUCUGAGAAACUUACUGAGUACAAACAGAGCCUGCAGAAGUUCCGAAGAGAGCUUGACCAACGGAAGCACAGGUGGACAGAAAAAGACACAGUUCCUUCAGAUGACCAGACAGAAAACCAGUCACCCGUUCAAUUAGUUGAGAAAAAGCUCUAAUCAGUGCCAAAUAAGUGUAUCAUUACAGAACAUUGACCAGAUUAAGUUGAAUUAAGGAUUUCCAGGAAAAAUCCAGGUUUCAUAUUGAUGUAGAUAUUUAAUUUUAAUUGAUUUAUUUUACUGCUCCAUCCAUUUGGUACUUUUUACUAGUUUUAGGGUAAUGUGCAGAGGUGCAAUAACAAAUAUUCUGCGGUGCCGCUAAUGAUAGUUCAGCGUAGGUGUGUUUUGCAAAUAAUCAAUCCAUAUAUUCAAGAUUAUUUCACAUUGAUCUCUUUGUGCAUAAUGCCAUAACAAGCAAGUGACUUCUAAGUUGAUUGAAAUGCCUUCCUUUGAGUUACAGUUGCUGUAGUAAAUUUUGACUUUUAAUCGUAUAGGCAUAUGGGCAGCUGGUACUUCAAUUCAAAUCAUUAUUUCUCAUUAUUCACGAAAAAGACAAAGAUGAUUAGCUAAAAAGCAUUAAUGAGCUUCCACAAUGGCCUGUUUGAUUACGCUGAAACAAGUAUUAGGUUCUGCAUUGGUGAUUUGAGUCUGAAGAAGGUAAAAAAUAGACAUGGCAACGAUGUAGUACUAUCGAGACUACAACAACGCCUCCACGGAAUGUUUACUUAGGCCACAUGAAACUCCUUAAAGGGCAAAAGACAAAUCACCUGAUAGGUAAAUUAUGUAUCAUAGCUUAUACAAACAGACAGGGCUACAACAACGCCUCCACGAAAUGUUUACUUAGGCCACAUGAAACUCCUUAAGGGGCAAAAGACAAAUCACCUGAUAGCUUAUACAAACACACAGGGCUACAAGUCUUGACAUAAAAUAAACGUUGUAUGGAAUUACA